AGAUUUUCUCGUCUCUAUAUCCGUCUCCUCCAUUGAAGCUCGCGGACCCAUUGGCACCUUUACCUCUGCUUCACCUGUUUUCUGAAAAUUUGUAAAAAAGUUUAAUUUUUUUGGUCUUCUUUGGAUAAUCCGUAGAAGAAUCAUGAGAAGCUCGCCGGGGAUUCAAUGAUUUGCCCUGGCGUCAUUUCUACCUAAUUUUCUUCUUAAACCCUAAAUCAGCUUAAAAUUUUUUCGUGAGGGGCCUUUGAUCGAUCUCCCAUCGCCAUCAAUCUCCAGCUGUAAGGGCGUCGCUUUCUGAGUAACUAGCAUUAAGCAGUUGCAUAAUCACCUUUAGGUUGGUGGUAAAUGAGGGAAAUUCCUUGCUUUGUUUGCCCUUGUUUUGUACCUCUAUUUUAAAGAAGGCUUCUCGAGCUAUUCGGUACUGUGUGCUGGUUUGGUUGGUUUUUUAUUGAGGGCAAUAAAAGCAGAGGAUGAGCGCAAGAAGAAAUUUGAAGCGAUUCUCCGAGCGGCGACCGACAGAAAGAUGAGAGCUUGACGGCUAUGAGUGGGAUACGAGAAGGCGCAUUACUGCAUUGUGUUCAAUUUGUUCAUCCACGGAUGGAAACUGGAAAGCCGAGAUCUUGCUUUUUAGGGGUUUAAACUCCUGUGGCUAGAUUUAAGGCAAAGCUUGGAUCUUUGCCGUCUUUUUGUUCGACGCUCGCCUAUUUGCUUGAUUUUGUCCGUUUUUUUUUAUUUCAUAAAUUCCGCUUCAAUGGCUCCCUUGUUCGAUUGGUGGGGAAAGGAGAGCCAACGGGGUACCCCUGUAAUCGUGAAAAUGGAGAACCCCAACUGGUCUAUUUCGGAGAUCUCCUCUCUUGACGACGACGAAGACAUAUCCGUUGGCGACGAGUUUGCGGGCGCACGGAAAGGCGGAAAGGGGAAAAACGCGAAGCAGAUCACUUGGGUUCUCCUUCUCAAAGCACACCGCGCGGCCGGCUGCCUCACUUCGCUUGCCUCUGCUGUCGUCGGCCUCGCCUCCGCGGUUCGCCGCCGUGUCAUAUCUGGAAGAACCGAUUCCGACUCCGACGAAAGCCCAGCUCUGCGCCGCCGCUUCUACCUCAGCAUCAAAAUCUUCCUUUGGCUCUCUAUCUGCCUCCUCGCGUUCGAGAUUGCGGCUUAUGUAAAAGGCUGGCACAUUUCCGCCCCUGACCUCCAUAGCUUCAAGCUUCCAUCUUUAGGGGUUCGGAGCCUUUUCGGUUCCAUUUAUGGAGGCUGGGUCAGCUUUCGCGCAGAGUACAUAGCUCCUCCUCUUCAGUUCCUCGCCAACGCCUGUGUCAUCCUCUUCCUGAUUCAAAGCGCCGACCGCCUCGUUCUCUGCCUCGGCUGCUUCUGGAUCCGCUUCAAGGGGAUCAAACCUGUUACCAAACCCAUUAAAGAAGACGUCGAAGCAGGGAAAUACAUCCCCAUGGUUCUCAUCCAGAUACCCAUGUGCAAUGAGAGGGAGGUUUACCAGCAAUCUAUCGCUGCAGUUUGUAACCUUGAUUGGCCGAAAUCGAACAUGGUCAUCCAGGUUUUGGAUGAUUCUGAUGAUCUGAUAACACAGGCCCUCAUUAGGGAGGAGGUGGAAAAGUGGGAACAAACUGGCGUUCGAAUCAUCUACCGCCACCGGGUCAUCAGAGAUGGCUACAAAGCCGGAAAUUUAAAAUCAGCUAUGACUUGUAGUUAUGUGAGGGACUAUGAAUUCGUCGCCAUCUUUGAUGCCGACUUCCAACCCACUCCGGAUUUCUUGAAGCGAACGGUUCCUCAUUUCAAGGAUAAUGACGAGCUCGCAUUAGUACAAGCCAGGUGGUCUUUUAUUAACAAAGAUGAGAACUUGUUGACCAGGCUUCAAAACAUCAAUCUUUGCUUCCAUUUUGAGGUGGAGCAGCAGGUGAAUGGGAUUUUUCUCAACUUUUUUGGGUUCAAUGGAACUGCUGGAGUUUGGAGAAUUAAAGCAUUGGAGGAUGUCGGUGGAUGGCUGGAGAGGACAACCGUUGAGGACAUGGACAUUGCAGUUCGCGCGCAUCUCAAGGGUUGGAAGUUUAUCUUCUUGAAUGAUGUAGAGUGUCAGUGUGAAUUGCCAGAAUCCUUUGAAGCUUACCGUAAGCAGCAGCACCGGUGGCAUUCCGGGCCAAUGCAGUUGUUCAGGCUUUGUUUGCCAGAUAUUAUCAGAUCCAAGAUUGCAUUCUGGAAGAAGGCCAACCUCAUCUUCCUCUUUUUUCUCCUCCGGAAGCUCAUCCUGCCAUUCUAUUCAUUCACCUUGUUCUGCAUCAUUCUCCCCAUGACGAUGUUUGUGCCUGAAGCUGAACUCCCUACCUGGGUCGUCUGCUACAUCCCAGCUACAAUGUCCUUCCUAAACAUCCUCCCUGCUCCGAGAUCUUUCCCGUUCAUUGUCCCCUACCUCCUGUUUGAGAACACUAUGUCAGUCACAAAGUUCAAUGCCAUGAUCUCCGGCCUUUUUCAGCUCGGUAGUGCUUACGAAUGGGUAGUUACUAAGAAAUCUGGUCGUUCUUCUGAGGGCGACCUUGCAGCCUUGUCUGGGAAGGAUCCAAAACUCCAUCGUGCCAAUUCUGUUCCUGAUCUCGACUCCAUCAUCACCAAUGAAGUAGCAACAAAGCUGAAGAAACAACCAAAGAAGAAGCACAAUAGAAUCUAUCGGAAAGAGCUCGCCUUGGCCUUUCUUCUUCUAACUGCUGCGGCUCGCAGCUUGCUCUCGGCUCAAGGCGUGCAUUUCUACUUCUUGCUCUUUCAAGGUAUCUCUUUUCUGUUGGUUGGGCUUGAUCUGAUAGGUGAGCAGGUUGAGUAAGUUGAACAUGUGGUGAAUAUUGGCAUGGAAGGAGUUUUUACAAGCAGAAGGGUGGAUGGAGCUAUCGAUCCAUUACAUUCAAUGAAGGUAAGAAAGGGUGAAUUUAGAAGCAAGCUUUGGUGGUGUAGAUAUAAUUAUUCUCAGAUCUGUUAGAUGCUUCAGAUUCUUUCAAAUCUUCUAUUUUUUUCCCCAUAAAAUUUUGAUGUUCACUUGGAAUUUCACUUACAGUUUAACGAGUGUACCUGCCUAUGAAGACAAGCUUGAAUGUACUAGAAUAAUUCAAUUAUGUGCUACCUGGUAGAUUUGUGAAUAUCAUCAUGAUCAUCACCAUUGGCCGGGGUCGGCUUUACGAA